AUGGUUUUUCAGGUUUAUGAUUCAGAGUUGUGCAUGCUAGCACUGCCUCCAGAUGAACAGCAGUUACUGUCCAGGAUAUCUCAGUAUCUCUUUUGCCAAGGCAUCAUUCCUGUGGUUGUUAGGAACCCAACAGAAGCCCUUAUACAUAGCAGACAUUCCCACUUUGUUGUGAUCAUAUUACCAGACAAUGAUCCUUUACUGAUAAGAAAUAUCAGGUCUGUGAAUCAAUUUUACAUAAACUUAAACUAUUUUGAUAUCACUUUCAGUCAAAGGUCUGGUAAUUAAAACAAUUAUGAUAGUAAUAAUCUAUCUUGGUGAAUAAUAAUAAUAAUAAUGAUAAUAAUAAUAAUAGUUACUAUCUCAGUGAAUGCAAAGGCCUGGUAUAAUUUGGAGAUUGAGUCUACCAGAUAUUUUUGGAAGUGCACAGUUGUCAGCCAUUCUUGGUACUGUCCAUAUCUUGUGGAAAGUGUUGUGUCUCUAAGCUGCGGGAUUGCUGCUGAGACUUAAAUAUGGCUGAGAAUUCCCAGAAAAAGAACUGGAGAGGAUCACACCAUAAUAAUAAUAAUAAUAAUAAUAAUAAUAAUAAUAAUAAUACUAAUAAUCAAGAAAGUAUCAGAGAGAGCUACUAUGACAGAGAUUCAAAAGAUCUGCAUGCUGGGAUCUGCGCGAAUCCUCAGAAAGGUGCUCAGUGCAUGAACAGAAUGAUUGACCUGAGUGACUGAUGCUCUAGGUGCAUGGUUUGCACCUGGCUGACGUACAAAAAGAACACCAGCAAAGACUGUGAUAAAAGAGACAAAAAAAAUAAUAAAUACGUAAUUUUCUCCUUCCAUAAUUUUUGAGGGAUAAUAAAACAAAUAAUAGAAUAUUGCAAGGUUAAGAAUCCCAGCUUGCGGGGGUUGAACCAGUUGGCUGUUUUACAAGUGUGGGCGAGGAUGGAAAUUUAGACCUCCAAUAACAUGCUAGCAGUUUGGGAAGGACUUGAACUCAGGGCUCUGGAUUACAAGUCCAGAGCUUUAACCUCUCAGCCGUGCUGCCUCUUAAUUGACCUCUGUGGGAAAUUAAUUUAAAUAUGGCUCCAACCAGAGCUAGUUUCGGAACAGGUUCUUCAGAGCGAUCCUUUUGAUAAACCUGUUAAGGGUACUUUCCAAAAAAUUUUUAUGAGAAGUAAAUUGAUUUUUGUAGGUCAGUUGAUGGCAUGAAUUCCAGAACACCAGUGAUUGUCAUUUCUACGGCUGACAUUUUACCAGGUAGAUUUUAUUUAUGUAGUAAACUUAUUAUUUGUGAUGACAAAGAAUUGCGGAGCUGUGUCCAAUCCAAUCAUCAAUACACUGAUAAUUAUAAUAAUUAUUAUUCAUAUUGAUUGUCUUUGUUGAUGACAUUUGGCUUUCAACUAAAUUAUUCCUUAGUCAUUCUGCUUUUUGGCCGGGCUGUAUAAAUUGGAGCAAUUUAAGAACACUAGGCAACAUUUCAUGUCCUAUAAGAACAACUUGCAAGAUAAUAACUCCACUGCCUUUUAAGUUCAAAUUCCUGCAUACCAUGAGUUAACUUCAAAACUGUGGAUGUCAAAUCUGAAGGUCCCACUGAAACAGCAGAAAUAUACUCAUCAAAAUAAUACUCUGAAUAAAUUAUGAGUUGGUCUUACUACAACCCUCUAUCUAUUGUGAGUAUUUUAAAAUUUUAUCCAUGCUUUUGCUUUGCAAGUCUUCUCCAUUGAAAUGAUGGUUAUCAGUGACUCCAUUUUGUUAUGUUAUCUUCCUUGGGAACAGAAAGCACCCUUCACAUGUUGGGCACAAAUGAAGUCCAGGAAGCUGUCCAUAUGACCACAAACUCUGAAAAGCUUGAAGCAGACUUGAUAUAUGCUCUUAACAAUGUCCUUGGAAGAUCCUAUGGUAAGCAUUUAAACUUCUUUAUUUAUUGAUCAAAUUCAGUGUAAGUGCAACAGUCAUUCCUGGCUGUCUAUCUUUUCUGGAGCUAUUGAAGAUUCGUGAUAUGUUGUCUCCAGGGAGGAGAGGGAUGGGUUUUGCUCACAGAAAAAUAGGAAAAGAAAUGGUGUCAGUUUUUCCGCUCUUGCAGCCAUGCCAUUGGCUGAAUUGCAGAGGGACAAGAGAAGUGAGAUGAAACAUCAGCAUGUCAAGUCACACAUAUGUGCAUGUAGCAGCUCCAGUUAAUGUUUGAUCUCACCUCAUUCAGCCAGACCAAUGACAGCACAAUUGAGAUAUAGACCAUGGCACAAGGACCUAUGUCCCAUACUUUUUUCAAACAAUGUCAUUGGGUGACUACCUUCAAACAAGUUUGCCAGUUUAUCUCGGUACAACGGUGUCUUUUCUACUACAAUAAUUUCCUUGAGAAAAUCAUAAUACUCAAGGUUGUAACACUUUUCACAUAAACUUAUGUUAAAAACGUGAAAAAACGUAAAAGAACAAGGAAAAAAAUGAAAGAAUUAUUAUGACAGGGUUUGCCAAUUUUAUUGAUGGGUGAAGUGAGUGUGACUUCGUGUUCUGCUCUUCACAAAUUUUGGAGUCAUAUUUUUGGAAUAUUUGGAGUCAAGUAACACAAUGAAAAAAGCAAUGCAAUAUUCCUUAAGCAAGAGUUAAAUACGUUGACAGCUUUGGGUAACCUUAUUAAGUUCUGUAAAUGUAUUCUGUCACUCUCUUUUCGACGAGUGUGCUAUCUCAGCCCGUGGUUCUGGCACGUAUACACUAUCAUGAGAGUCUGCUGACCUGGAAAGGCUCAAAUUCAAUAUAAUUUGGAUGGUUUAAAUCAGGUUUACAAGGUUUGCAGUUAAUGUAGAUUGUAUUUGUAAAAAGGUAAGAAAAAAUCACCUAUUUUGCAACCAAAAAUUUUUGGAGUAAAAGUGACUCCCUCUGUAACCUCAGUGAAGUCAUCUUAAAAAUGUUGGCAUAAACUACGCCAAAUCUGGCGUCCCUGAAUUAUUUACUUUUUCACAUGCAAAUUAAGCGCUGUUGUCUUUUAUGUACCUCUCACAAGGCAAUGUCCGUUCAGUACCAUUGUUGCCCUUGCCAGUUCAAACCACUUGGAGCACUAUCCCACAGCCCACCUCAGCCCAUAUUCCUUCAGUGCCAUUUCCUCAAUUACCUGAACCAGGACUAAUAUCGCCUCAGUGUGCUACAAAUCCUGUUCACACUAAGAUUCCACCCACGCUGAGUCCCGCUAAAAUACAAGGUGUGAACGCGGUGAGCGCUGAAGGAGGCUCACAUUUAAACGAGCAGAUAUCAAGCUACGCAUCACAGCAAAUUCAAGUGGGAACCGUGGGUGAGAAUGUGACAGACAUUUUGAAUCAAGGAUCAUCAGUUUCUGCGAAAGUCUCUCCUCCUUUGUGUGAGAAUGUUCAGGAAAACUCGGAGUCCGUGCUUCCAGGAAUAGAGACUCUACUGAAUGCUAUUCAGGUAGUGGAAGGCCAAGAAGAUGACAGCUCCGCAAAGAAUCAAGCUGCUUGCACAUUUACCAAGUUUACCGCACUUAAUUCUCCUCACUCGGAUGAAACAAGGUUAGAUUUAGACACCGGGCGGGUACCCCAUUGUAUGGCUUAUACGGGGAUGUGCCGUUGGACAGGGUAUGGUCUUUUUACCUCUCUGUCCCAAACAGGUUAUAUAAUUUCGUGUGAGUCUGUCAGCAGGGUAUUGCCUGCCCGAUUGGAUUGAUUUGCAAGAUGAAUUUUGUUUGCGUUCCAAGUAUACAAAAGCCUAUAACGUGAAUUUCCCCUCAAAAUAAAUGGCUUAAAAGCAAGACUGAGUGCAUUUUGUCCUUUGUCCUAGACAGGGUAAUAAAAUUGAGGGUGUUGUGCUAAACAGGGUAUGUGUUGUAGGAUUUUUUUGUCCUAAACAGGGUCAGGGUUUCAAACCCUCAGCGGCUCACUUAUACCCAAAUAUUGGUAGAGUAUCCCUCCGGGAUUUAGAUUACUAGGAUGUCUCUUCUUUUUAACUAAGAGGCACACAUUUCUCUCCACGGAAUUUUGGAUUGUUAGAAAGUUGUUGAAGGAAGGACGCUCUCUAUCAGCUGUUUUGAUUCUUUAUGUAACAUUUAGUGGUCAUUUCAAACACCAUUCUACUCUAGGUGUUUAAUUAUAAGCCCUCUGCCGAUCUUGAAAUGAUGAAACUUCUAACAUUUGAUUACUUUUUUCCGUCACUACGACAUUUUCACCAAAAAACCGUGGUAGAAGAAUGACGACGGCUCUCACGUUUUAGCGCCAAAAUGACGAUGGUUCGCGAGCGCGUACUACUAAAGGCUGGUUUUCACUAGCGACGGAGUCGGAGUCGGAGUCGUAAUCAGAAGCGUAGAGCUUAUGAUCUAGUGAAAACAGCGUUCCAAUUCCGCCUACGACUCCGUCGCUUACGUUCCGCUUAUGAUCUAGUGAACACCAGAUUGUCGGAAGCAGAAGCAGAAGAACCAAACCAAUCACAAAGCGUGGGAACGUACAUUCUGAUUGGCUUAUCCUUCCGCUUCUGCUUCCGCUUCCGACUCCGACAAUCUGGUUUUCACUAGAUCAUAAGCGUAAGCGAUGGAAUCGUAAGCGGAGUCGGAAGAAAAUGGAAACGUUCUGAUUCUUCUGACUCCGAUUUCGUCGCGCUUAUGACUCCGGUACGACUCCGAUUUUUGAUUUUCACUAGGUCAUAAGCGCUCUUACGACUCCGACUCCGACUCCGUCGCUAGUGAAAACCAGCCUUUAGUAUGGAGAAAAUCUCGUUCCGGUAGUCGUUCUCGUCUUAUAAUCUAAAGAUCUCUAGUCUAAUUUGCUGUAAAUUGUUAACCAGUAAUGUUUCUCUUUAGAGACCUCAGGAUAAAGAAAAGAACUCGGCGAUCGCCUGCUGCGGAAAGUCUGAAGAGUGCAAAAACGGCAACAUCAGAAACAGAUUUAGAUUCACCAAGCGAUACCAAGAGUCCAAUAUCUGUGAGCUUGACAGGAAAGAAGCCAUAUUUCCUGGAACUUGACAGCUACAGAGAACCUUUAGCGGACGAUCCUAAUGCCAACCCAGUGGAUAGGCACAAUUCCAAGGAGAGGCAUAGAAGGUCAGCUUUGUCUUUGACCCUGAGGGGUUCAUUUUAAAACCUCGCCACUUGCAGUUUAGUAAUAAAUUGCUUUUAUAUUUCCAAGUUGGUCACUAAAACAUGUUUCAUGCUGAUCGAUUGGAAACUUGAAAAAUGUAAGCUCAUACUCGUAGCCAGUUGUCAUCUGUAUUUUUUCAGGGGCAUCUAACGAACACUGUUUUAAACCCGUGUCGUUUUCAAGGCGUAGGAGUUAGGCCUGUCAAAAAAAUCGUCGACAAGGUCUGAGUCUUCCAUGUCCGUAGUCCAGCGUAGCAAAAACCUCCUCCAAGAGCUUUUGCCUUAGAAAAACGGGAAGGGUACAAAUAAGAUUCUUCUAUUUUCUAAAGGAAAAGCCCAGGGAACGGGUUUGACGUAGCAAUUUCUUCUUCCAUUCCUCGUUUUUCUGACAUCCAGAGUGUGCGCCUGUGAAGCAGACUUCAACGUAUGUUUACAUUUUUUUCUGCCUAUAGGAUACGCAUAACCAAAGCAGCAGAAUUUUUCAAAGCAGUAAUACCACGUAUGGAUCCCAACAUGGACAAGGCCACAGCUUUCCAGUGGACAGUCUAUUACAUGGUGUUCCUGCGCAAUGCUCUUUUGAAACAAGAUCCACCGGUUCUACCUAAACUGCAUCAGGUGGGUGAUUAUCACAACGUGUAGAGGACUAACCAUUAAUUUCGCGAUCCUUUCUGAUAUACCGAAGUUACGUCUAGUAAAUACCCAGCAGAAAAAGAAGACGAGCAAAGCAACAAAACACAACAAAAGGGGGGAAAAAAGCGGAAAGGACAGCUUGCGAAAGGUGACAGUCGAGAUAUUGUCUCGAACUUUUGCUUUCCUUUCCGCCCGGUCUUAACUUAGGAAGGCUACACCUUACCUACCUACCUACCUACCUAGCCGAUCAAAAUACCCAGGGACGAAUGCGAUAAUCAAAAGCUGAGGACGCAAAUAUUGGUUUUAAAAUAUUUACAAUUUCUUUGCAGUCGUUCAUACAAGAAUGGGGCGAGGUAUUCAACUUGGAGAGUCAAAAUCAGCCUGAUGAAAAAUGA